UUAAACAUAACAACAAUUAAUAUUAUAUUUUGAAAAUAUUUUUUACUUUAAGUUACGAUUGUAAUUAGGUGUUUGAUAAGAACUAAGCGUGGAUUUAGAUAGUUUGCUUUGACUUAUAAUAUGAGUUACAAAGAGCGUUGUAGAACUUGCUUAGGCAGUGAAAAAGAAAUGCGACAUUUUCAUACAGUUUUAUCGAUAGCCGGGGAUGAUGUCCGCUUGUCUGACAUUUUACAGAAUUUUUAUAGCUACACGAUCACAGAAGAUGAUUCGCUUCCCGAAAAUCUUUGUAUAAAUUGUAUUCAUCAAUUAACAGUAACAUAUUCUUUUAAAACGCUGAUUGAGACAAGCGCGAAAACCCUUUCUGAAAAUUUGAACCUCGUCGAUUCUACCAGUGAUAACUAUGACGCUAGCUUUGAUUCCGAUGACCACAAACCGAUUAAAAUAUUCCGUAAACCGUGUGAUAGGCGGCGAUUCAUCAAUAGAAUCCAAAGAGAGACGAAAGUCGAAACAGAGAAUAAAUUAUUGUUUUGUGUGGAAUGUAAAGCAGAAUUUCAUUCGAUAAAAUCUCUGAAUGAACAUUGUGUGAACAAUCAUCCAGUAAAAUCUAUUGUAGGACGGGACUGUGACUAUUGCAAUGAAAAAUUCGAAGACUUCCGCUCCCUAGUUCUUCACAGGAAGUUACAUUUAAAACCAUUUAUAUGUGAAAAUUGCUGGGAAGGUUUCUAUGGCACUGAAGAUUUGAACCGUCAUUCUUGUCAACCAAAUAUUGAUAGCAAGGAUAAAAAUAAAUCUGAGAGAAUAUUACGGCAGUGUGAUCAAUGUGGAAAGUCUUAUCCACCCGGUUACAUCCGAAUACACAUGCUGACACAUAGCAACGACAGAGCCUACAGCUGCAAGUUCUGCCCAAAAAAAUUUAAAGUACCUGGUAGUUUACAUUCACAUAUACUAUGGAAUCAUAAAAGGACCCGAAAUCACAAGUGCGAAGUUUGCAAUGCCACUUUUAUAUCGUCAAGUUCACGUAGUUCACACAUUCGUAAAAAUCACUUGAAGGAGAAAAAAUAUGGUUGCGAGAACUGUGGAAAAAGAUUCUUCUCAAAAUCUGAAUUACAGAGACAUUCCUUGACGCACACCGGAGUCAAGAAUUUCCACUGCCAUAUGUGUAACAAGUCAUAUCAAACUAGAUAUGGUUUAAAUGUACAUUUAAAGUCUCAUACACAAAUGUCUCUGAAUGUAUUAAAUUUAUAAAAAAUAGACUGACCUACAAAUAAAAGUACAAAAAAACUUUUUAAAAUGAUCUCAUAUAUUUUAGUUUUAAGAUUGAUCUAAUGACUAUUUCCUUUUUUUGGUAUCAUAAUUUAUUUAUACUUUAUAUAAAAUUGUGUAGUAACUUCUCAACUACUAAUAUUGUAAUAAAGAUGAAAUAGGUGUGCAUAGUCACAAUUUCAUUUAAAAAUAAACUCUUAUUCUACAAAUAAAACCAGUUUUUUUUGAAAUUCUUCUAUGUUCUUGAAUCUAUAUUAUUCAAUGAAUUAUUAGUUGUGAUCAAGAUAGGACUAAUAAAACUAACUUGAUUUUUCUGAAAAAACCUAACAAAAUAACUAUCAUUUUAAUCGUUGAUUAGAAGGGUUUUGACAUAAAAAGUCCUUUCUUGGAGUUCGAGCUUGCGUCAUAUCAAAUUUCAUCAAAUUCGGUUCCAUUGGUUUGGCAGUGAAAGAGCAACAGACAGCGUUACAUACGUAUUUAUAAUAUGAAAUAGAUAUUAUAUCUCUCAUUUCCUUGAAGAAAGAAUUUAUAAAUACUAUUAAAUACAUCACUAGACUUCUUGUUAAGUUGUUUAUAUAGGUACUGGCUAACUAGUAUAGCUGGCUAGUUUAACAUUUUUAAUAGUGAAGGGAAUUCUGUCACUAUACACAAGUGCAUUUUCUAAAAAAAAUAAUGCAAUAGGUUCCAUUUCGGAAUAUAUAAGUAGGCUAUCCCUAGAAUUUAUGAUAAAAUAUUUGUACAUAAUUUUCAAAUCACUAAUCAAUUCUUGGAAAUUCAAAUCUAUUUGUAUAGUAAAAGUAGUUUGUACUUUUUUUUAAUUAGAAAUGACACUGUGUAAGCCAUAACAUGUGGGAGGAGAAUGAGUACAACAUUAAAAAAAAAAACGAGAAAUUAUUUUUUAAUAUUUAUUAACAGUGAAAAUAUAAAUAGAAAAGAAGAUUUAUGAACAA